CAAGGCCAAAGAAAUCGUCGACGUCGUUGUCGAUGUCGUUGUACUAAUUCUUAGAUAAUUUUAAUAAAUUCGCUGUAUUUAACCAUAAAAUAAGUAAAGAGACAAUGAGGUUUUCUUUAGGUCCGCCAACUAUUACCAUUGUAGCUUUUAUUGGAAAUUUGUUAUUACCAGUGUCUGGUUGGCCCACAGAUAGCAACUUUUAUAAUGAAAUAAAGAGAGUCGUGUAUGGAUAUGAUGCUGCUAUACCACCAAUAGCAUUACCUCUACAAGCACAAGUUAAUAUAAAUCGACCUAUUGAAGUUGAAGGAUGGCCAAAAAGUCCAAUACCACGCUUAGGACAAGUGAGUGGAGUGGCUAUAAAUACAGUAGGUCAACCUGUGAUUUUUCAUCGUGGAAGUCGUGUAUGGGAUGUCAACUCUUUCAAUGAAACUUAUCACUAUCAACAUAUUAAAGAAGGUCCGAUUUUGUCAAAUACCAUUGUUACUCUUGAUCCUAAAUCAGGCGAUGUAUUAUCAAGUUGGGGUGCAGGAUUCUUUUAUAUGCCUCAUGGUAUCACAAUUGAUCAUCAAGGGAAUGUAUGGGUAACGGACGUCGCUAUGCAUCAAGUGUUUAAGUUUUCUCCUGGAGCUUAUCGACCAACACUGACGUUUGGUAAGAGAUUCGAGAAUGGGAAAGGUUACAGGACACUUUGCCAACCUACAUCAGUUGCUAUUGCUUCAUCUGGUGAAGUUUUUAUAGCUGACGGGUACUGCAAUUCAAGAAUACUGAAAUACUCAUCUCGGGGAGAGUUAUUACGUGUUUUUCCACACGCUAAUGAGUUUCUAAGUUUGCAAGUCCCACAUAGUUUAGCAUUACUUGAACAGCGUGAUUUGAUUUGUAUUGCUGAUCGAGAAGAUAUGAGAGUUGUUUGUAGAGGAGCUGAAUUAUCAAAAGAUAGUAAAGAACAAGCUGCAUUGACAAUACAAGAACCAGAUUUGGGACGAGUUUAUGCUAUAACAAACCAUGGUGACAUAAUAUUUGCUGUGAAUGGUCCAACGUCACCAUUAAUUCCCGUUAGAGGAUUUACUUUAAACCCAAUGACAGAAACUAUUCUGGAUCAUUGGCCUUUGGCUAAAAAUGGUAUACAAGUUCCACAUGAUAUUGCUAUUUCUAAAGAUGGAUUAUCCUUAUAUAUUGCUUCAAUCGAUCCCAACAGAAUAAUAAAAUAUACAAUGUCAAAAGUUCCAGAUAUUUCCGAAUAAUUUCAAAAUAUUAAAUAUUUAAUAAUUUAUAUUACGAGUAAAAAUUAAUAAUAAUUAUUAUUCAUUAUUAUAAUAAUAUUAUUAUUAAAUUAUAUCCCAUGAUUUUUAUGAUUAAAACAUGUCGUUGCCAUACACUGUAUGUAUAAUUAAAUUUGAUUAUUUGUUAACAUUAGAGGAUUAUACAUUUUGGAUGUAUGAAGUAAUAUUUGAAAAGUUAUAUAGUGAAUAAUGUUUAGAUCAAUAAGGAAAAACUGCGUUACAUAAAUGUAUAAAAAUAGGUACAAUUUGUAAAUUAUAUAGCAAAAAAUAAUGUAAUGAAUUACAUUAUUUUUAUUCUGACGACAUGCAAUUAGAGGGAAGAGAGAGUAUAUUUUUUUCAAAAAAUAUAAAUAAUAUAAAGUAAUAGUAUAUUAUAUAAUACAACUAUAUAUUAUAUUAUAAAAUGAAAUAUAAUAAACUAUCAUUUAUAUUGUUUAAUUAAAUAAUAUUAUUAAAUACUAUCUAACUAAACCUAUCAUAGUACAAUAAUGGGUUGUCAAUGUGUUUUUAUCAUAAAUUACUAACGAGGUUAUAUUUUUGGAUUUAGCAAUGUCAUCAAAAUAAAGAAAAAUAAAUUUUAAGAUAAAGGUAUCACAUUGAGAGUAUAUAUUUUUCAUUGACAUUUUCUAUGUGUAAGUGUACAUUUAGUCAAAACAUUGAGAAUACUUAAACUAUUAUGAUUGACAACUAGAAAGUUAACAAAAAUCGAUGAUCUUUUUUUGAACUUCCCAAACUUAUGUAACUUCAAUGAAGUCUGAAAUUGGAAAAAACAUGGGGUACCUCAAAUAAUUGAUCCAUUUAUUCGAAAAAUAUGCCAGUCCAAAAUUAAAAAACAAAUUUCCAAGUACAUUAUGUUUUUUAUAGAAACGCAUCAUUUUUUUAAAUUUUUAAAAAGUUAUUGGAGAAUAUGUUCGUUUAUGGAUUAACAUAUACCUAGUGUCUGAUGAAGACGUUGGUGUAAACUUACUAAAGUAUUUCGUGCAUUUAUAUAUCACAGAAAAUGAUGAACGGCUAGAAACGAUGCAGAAGUCUUAUCUUUCAAACGCAUUUCCAUAAGUUAAAAUAGAGUCACUUAAAUUUUUUUCAUUAACUUGGAGUAUCUUAUUAAAUAAAAUAUAAUAAUAAAAUUAAAUAAUUAAAAAAUGCUUUGAAUGUAGUCUAAUAAGGAAAUAAUUAUUUUACAAAAAAUAUUUCAACAAAAUAUAUUUGGUUCAAAAGUUAUAAUCAUUGCCAAUUAGAUCUGAAAGACUAAGUAUAUUCAUUUUUCAUGACUAUUUUUAUUGAUAAUAAAUUUGUAAUUUUUAUUUUUUAUGAACUGAUAUUGAUUAAGUAGUACAAAAAUGUAUUCGUAGUCACAAUAUAGAUAAAUUUAAUGGUUA